UGGUUCAGUUGUAGCGGUACCGUGCUUCUGGUCGCACGUGUGUCUCCGUAUUCGCGUUGUUUCGCGUGUUGUCAUUCGCGCGUGUACACAAUUGCCCGUCUUUCUUACUCCCUCGUCGAAUUCGCCUCGGUCCCCCCCCUCUACCACCCACCUCCUCGAGUACACCAACCACUCGCACGAGACCGCCGCGUGACGUCUGACCGAGCACGCGGUUCUUCUACUUCCACGUCGCGCCUCUUCCUCCGAAAGUUUCCUUCGCUCCGAUCGCUCUGUGAAAUUUUAUCAACGGUUCAAAGUUUGCCUCGAACCGGUCGUUGUUCGUGCCUCUUAUAACAUCGAUCUGAAACGACGUCGUUCCGGAACUGCAAGUGGCUUGACGAGUAUCGAUCGUACGAUAAUUAGCUUGCGGAGAAAAUUGUAAAUAAAUUAGCCGACGUUCAGUCGACACCUGGAGAAUCGUCAGUAGGCUUUUACUGAACAAAGUGAAUAAUCCUGGAUUGAUUGUGAACAAAGAAUGAGAAAAAGGAUAAUCUGGGUUAGAGUAUAAAUAAACAUCGAGCUAUUUUAUUAAACGAUAGUUGUGCAAACGAGAGUCGAGUGAUCGACGAGUGAUCGAUCAAUAAUAUCAAUGAUCAAAGAACUCGAGGAGAUUGAUUGUCAGAUGAAAAACGUGCGCGCCGUACGCGUGCCGGCUUGGCGAUCGUGCCGGCGCGGCGCGCCGGUGCACGAGCGGGGAAACUGAACUUAAGGUUAUGGUAAUUACGAAUCGAUCGUAAGAUUCGGAUCGUCUCCGUUACGAUUUCCCGUGUUCGUGUUCGUGUUCGUGUUCGGGUUCGUGCAUGCACCUAACGACCGGUGUAAAAGGUCUUCGAAGAGGAGAAAAGGUAAUUGAACUAUCCUGCAAACUUGCCGCCGGAAUUUUCAGCUAAAUUACCCCGAACAGAAACUCUCGCCACUUUUCAUUCGCGAUAAAGGCGAAGUAAUUCUGGUACUAGACACGAAUGAAAUUUCUCGUGUAAGGUUUUCGGUGGUCGGCCGGAGUGAUCCAUAAAGGAUCGAUUGGUCGAGACUUCAAAGGCGACCGUGCAAAAGAGCGUCGCAAAGAAAAAGGGGAUGAAAACCGCAUACACGACCGCACUGUUUGCGUUGACCUGAACCGAUUCUCGCGAGGAACACGUGUUAAUACAUCGAACGAUCGUUUGGAAGUGAUCAAUCAGCGUGAAAAGUCUUCACGGAGAAAAGUACAUCCAUCAAAAAUAAACCAAGUAAUAGAACGAUGUCUUUCGUUUUUUUUUUUUUUCAACCGGCGAAUUUUAACGUGUAUUAACGUAACUUAGAAGAUGAAUUAGAAGAUGAAGAAUUAGGGCUUAGAAGAUGAAUUAUAUUGACCGACGGGAUAAUCCUUUGGACAGAGCAAUUAUAAUCCAUCGUUUGAAACGUCCGCUACAGAACCGACACACGGAGUACUUCUUUAGGUUCAUUAGAUUGUAGCGUAAAGCGUACAUCCCUUUAAUCGUGCCACUCUGCCACGGAGUACAAGAAGUGGAUUUAGCUAGUGUAACGCGUAACGUAUUCCCCGUAGCUGUAUGGCACGUAUUUGCUAGAAAUUUCGGUCGCGUACGUGAUGAGAAAGAUUCUGAAUCCGAACGACCAUCUCGUUCAGACGUAAUCGACGCCGAGGUCACUGUUCGCGGCAUUAAUUUUUGCGCUGCUGGAAACCUUAACGGUGCAGAAACGAGGAACCUCUGCGAAGGUGUGAAAGGAAAGAAAGAAACUUGCUCUGUUUACCUGGUUGUUGUGAAACACUUGAAGAUUUCUUCGGUAGUUGGUUGCUCGAAUCCGCUUUGGAGUUUACAGUUCCGUAAAUCAGGGAUGAACGACUCUGGAAAGCAAUAGAAACUUCGUCGACUUGAAAUAAUAUAAAAAUGUAGCUAUAUUUAUGGUGCAGACGGUGAAGAAUCGUUGAUUAAAUCGUCAGGCGAUAAUAAUAGAUGAUGGACCUGUUUUACAGUGGUUGAAUACCGAAUUAAUCGAAUUACAAAUUGACGCCGGCGAAAGAACGGGGUAGGAUGAUUGCUCGCCAAGUGAUCGGACUACUUAGACCCGUGUAAUUUAAAGAAUCCUGUGUUAAACGAACCUGACGAAGGACGACGCGCGUGGCGAAAGUUUCUGCGGCUGAGGAACAAGGAUGCUGGUAAUCCGAGACCCUUCGCUGGAAAUCAGCACCGACGAAAGCAAUUCCAGAAGAUAAACAAGUUCACUGGGAAGCACCGGAUGUACUGAUUGUCAUUGAAGUUCGUCAAACCUCGGAACAGUUUAAUGGAUGUGAUAUCCGUUUAACAGGCGAAACUGUUCAACGGAAAACACUGGCCGGAAAGAAAUACUGGUACGAGUGUAACUUUCUUCCGAAGAACGAAAGAACCUAAAAUAAUAAACAACGAUAUUCGAACGGUUAUUAUUACCGAAAGAUUUUCAAGGCACGCAAAAUUAAUCUAAACUAAAAGGUUUUUAAGAGGAAGAAUUCUUCUGGAACGGUUGAGAGGAAAGCUGAAAUACAGGCGCAAAUCUGUCGUCAAACAACUGUUGUAUUUCGCAUCAAGAGGACGAAUACUCUCUGUGGAGUUUCAAGCUGAUCAACGCGAUCGUGUUGUGGCUAAAAUCCGUGGGAUCUUGCAUCGCCCACGGCCAACUAAUCCUUCGGCAGCCGAUCUUGCGGCGGUAAACAUAAUUUAAAUUAAAGGACAAAGGUAGAAGACGGGAGUGAAUCGUAACCGAGCAUUUGGAAUCCCGUCGAAUAAUAAACGGAACGUUGCGUCAUUGACGAUGGACAAAUAGAAAUCAGCGUGAAAUGUGUAUUUCAAUCUGCGCGGUGUGUUUGGUGGGUUGGAACUAAUUCGAGGAACAUUUCCAAAGCGUAUUAAUCCGUUAAGGAAAGGGAAUAAGUUAAGGGGAAAGGUAAACAAACAGAGGAGGUGGUGGUGGUGACGGCGGGAAGACAGAGGGGGGGUUAUUCGAACGAGGGAGAAUCGUACGAAUCGCGAAGGAAACAGUUUGUAUUUCUGGUGCAAGCGGAACGUAGGUGGGUGUGAUCCAACGGCAAUAAUGAGUGUAAAAUGCAUGCUGUCACGAGGUCGCGAUAAAAAGUUGUCGGCGACAGAGUCUCGAUGGUGGUCGCGUGGCUAAGUGGACUUAGUGUGGGAAUGGUGCGGAAGUAGAUCUCCUUUCUUCCGGCAUCCGCUGGAAAAGUGACGUACAAGUGGCUUUAGAAGAGAACGAUGAUGUCUAGACAAAGCAAAGACCCCGUGCAGAAGUGCCACUCGGACCCAGGUGCUGCGAGUACCGACGGUACUCCUUGCAGCCCUGGUAAGCGAAUUUCUCGCAGAAUCGUGCCAGGCAUUCAGACAUCCUCCAAUACGCGCAAGUGUGUCCUCACCUUGGACGGGUACAGCUACGUGAUCGUUGCAUCUCCGCCCGACCGCAGAGUGACGAGAGAUGAUAUCGCAGUGUCCUCGCCCGGUGCAUCUCCAAAUGCUAAUGCAACUACUAGCUGCACUAGUACAGCAUCCUCCCGAUUGUACAAUCCUUCCUCGCCGGGUCGAAAUGGUCAGCUAUCCAAACAAGGCACGUUAACGAUAGUACGUCGAAGUUCCGGCAAGAAUAAAAGUAUCGGCGAAAGUUUCGAAAGUUCUCCACCACCGCACAGUCCUGACACUCUUUCGUCAAGCCAAUCUGUGGAUCUUGACGAGAUUCUAGAUAAUGUCGAUCUUACGACGGACUCGCUUCCUGCCGUUGACACCCCCGAUGCUUGUGACAAGGCUGCCCUCAGAUUAAGAUGCUUGUUGAGGCAGCUUCAGCAUGGCGAAAUAUCUGCAGAAUUGCUGCAACGAAAUUUGAAUUACGCUGCACGCGUUCUUGAAGCAGUCUUCCUCGAUGAAACCAAGGUGAAUUCAGGAGGGGUUGAGUGCUCUCGGUCAUCGCGUAGGGGUGCGGGUCUGUCAUCUGCAUCCAUUGGGAGCGGCUUGGACUCGGACGGACAACAGGGCCACGCGGUGGUAACCCAGAAACGGAAGCUUCGCACCCCCGUAUGGGCAAGAGAUGCCGAGCGUGUGGAGUCAACCGCUACUUGCCGUCAGGGUGUACGACGUAGGCGGCUGGCGGACGAGGACGACGAAUUGUCGGAGGUUCAACCGGACGCGGUGCCGCCGGAAGUACGCGAAUGGCUCGCUUCGACGUUCACGAGGCAGCUGGCAACCACCAGACGAAAGGCGGACGAGAAACCCAAGUUCCGUUCGGUCGCGCACGCCAUCAGGGCAGGGAUCUUCGUAGAUCGGAUUUACAGACGGGUCACCAAUACCGCGUUGAUGCAGUUCCCUCAAGAAGUGGUUAAAGUGCUUAAGACCCUGGAUGACUGGUCGUUCGACGUGUUUUCAUUAAGCGAAGCCGCAAUGGGAGCACCGGUUAAAUACCUCGGUUACGAUCUGCUAAAUCGAUACGGCAUGAUCCACAAAUUCAAAGUCCCCCCUGCGGUUUUGGAAUGCUUUCUGGGAAGAGUCGAGGAGGGUUACUGCAGACAUCGAAAUCCGUAUCACAACAAUCUGCAUGCUGCAGACGUUGCCCAAACUAUGCACUAUAUUUUGUGUCAAACAGGAUUAAUGAAUUGGUUGACCGAUCUGGAGAUUUUCGCCACCCUGGUGGCGGCGAUUAUUCACGAUUACGAGCACACUGGGACCACAAACAAUUUCCACGUAAUGUCCGGUAGCGAAACAGCACUCCUCUACAAUGACCGAGCUGUUCUGGAAAAUCACCACAUCUCCGCGAGCUUCCGGAUAUUAAAGGAGGACGAAUGUAACAUACUGCAAAACUUAUCGAAAGAGGAAUUCCGUGAAUUUCGUUCGUUGGUGAUCGAUAUGGUUCUCGCAACGGAUAUGAGCUUCCAUUUUCAACAACUAAAGAACAUGAAGAACAUCCUAAGCCUGGCAGAGCCAAGCGUCGACAAGAGCAAAGCUGUCAGUCUGGUUCUUCACUGCUGUGAUAUUUCUCAUCCGGCCAAGAGAUGGGAUCUCCACCACAGAUGGACCAUGCAGCUACUGGAAGAGUUCUUUCGACAGGGUGACAAGGAGAAGACUAUGGGAUUACCGUUCUCUCCGUUAUGCGAUCGCAACAAUACUCUUGUGGCUGAAUCGCAAAUAGGAUUCAUAGAAUUUAUCGUCGAACCCAGCAUGCAGGUGUGCAGCGACAUGCUGGAAACGGUCCUCGUUCCAUUGUCACAGAACGUUAAAGAGAGCGUGGAUGAAUCCAACAACGGAUCAGCGGCUGAAAGCAGGAGGAUUAAGAUCGGUAAGCCAUGGAUUCCUUGUCUCGCGGAGAACAAGAGCAUUUGGAAGGAACAAGCUGUUCGAGAUGCAGAAGCAAGGGCACAGAAAGAGCAAGAGCAGAAGGCGAGCGAUAACCGUGAGGAUAGCGACACGUCACAAGCGGCACCUGAGGAAUGAAAAAUGCGGCGAGCCGUGUUGUUUUUCAGGAAUAUAUGUAAUUUUAGGCUACGAAGCCCGUCAAAACAUUGAAGAUCACUAUUGAACCGGCUGGCUGAUUUCUUUGGACACUAGCGUAUCUAAAAUUAUAGAUACACUUCUAGGAAUAUUUAUACCGUUUCUUUAUCACUUCAUACGGACCGUAUCGACAAAGAAAGUCCGCAUCUCUACAACCCGUGAUGUCUCGUUGCAACAGAUAUAACAAAAGAUUAAUUAACAACAAAAUUAAAAUCAACCUUCUUCAAGGUAUUUAUUUUACAGCUUGCUUUAUCUUGUCAGCAACAAACUCUCGAUUCGCUCAAAAUGAUCAGCAAAAUGUAAAAACGAUAAACUAUUUUUAUUUGAUAAUAAAAAUAAUUUACUAUUUAGUAAAAAAUAGCCGGGCUCCCAAUAUACGUGUAGCCUAAAAUUACCAGCGUCUGCGACAGCAGUGAAAAUCGAACGCACUUAACAAACACACACAUACACGGAACAAAGAAAUCAUUAAACGUACUUAGAGAGCACAAUUAUUCGUUCGCAAUGAAGUGCUGACAAGUGUGAAAGGACACUACGUUAAUGUUAACAGAAUUUCCACGGCGUUCCGCUAUUUCAACGCUGUUCUUAUCCGUACCUGUUUUUUCUUACAAUUAGUGUAUAACUACGAGCAUACAUUAUUUCAUAGGAACGAAGACUUUCAUCUUUGACGAAGCAUCCAGGAGAUAUGACGCGAUCAAUUUAUUCUAUUGCUUUCAUUCCUCGCGGAACAAUAAUCAAAAUUUCCAUUUCCUUAGCUUCCCAAAUCUGAAGGAGUAAAAAAAAGAUGGAGUUUAAGAAUUAUUAUCAUAGAAUAAUAAGAUAUUCUUCAUAUUGCAAUUUUGGAAAAGUAGAAAUGUUACAAAAUAGCAGAAUUAUUCUGUUAGAAUAUAAAAUUCAAUUUUCGAUGGUAUACUUCCUGAAAUGUUAUUAACAAGCAACUAUGCUUAUACAUUUAUGCUAUUUGCUUUUACAGUCUUUUUCCUAACGUCAUACGAUAAGAAUUAAUUAAAUGUUGUAGCCUGAAAAUUGAUAGACGCAGCUGACUAUCGCACAAGUAUCGAGCUCGAAGUUUCUUUCGAAUCGAGAAAUUCGACUUUUCCUUUUGAAAAAGUACUGUGAAGUUGAAGUUGAAAGUCUUCGUGUUGCGCCAAGCCCUAAUCUCAACGUGGUCGCACGAUAGAAACGGAUUUCCGCAAGACGAAGGAAGUUUACACGUGCUUUCUCGAUACCGUGACCGGUUGCUGGUUAAUAAAAGAGAAAGGGCAAAAGUCGCUUCUUCGACAGUCCGAUUUCUUCGAUUUGAUUCAUUCAAAAAAGUUUCAUCCUCGAAAGUUUUCGGCGGACGCAGGUGAUUCGAUUGGUCGCUGUUUCAAUUCAAUUUGCAAAACGGUAUCCUUCGUAAUAUCGUUCAUCGAGAUUUUUCUCAGAUCGCUAAGAAAGGUCGAGUUAACGUUGUUAAAGGACGAGAACCUUUGAGACAUGAUUCUGAAACGGUUAUUGGAUUAGUGGAAAAUAAGUGGAUAUAUUCUUUGAAAACAUCUUUAAGAAUAUUUUUACCUAUUUUCAGAUAAAAAUUCAUCGCAAUGGAGAUAUAUUUUUUAAUAAAUUUGCCGAGCUACUUUUUUAAAUGAUUAUAAAGGUUGUAUUUAAUUAAGAAAUUUGUUGAAAUAUCUAAUAAUUUCUUAAUCAAACAUUCCGUUUAUGUGAGAUAUACUCAUUUUUAUUGAAAGUGCUUACAGAAAAUAUCAUUUUCUGUGAAAUUCUAAAACAUACUUAUUCAAAUAACAUUUGAAAAGUGUAUAAGUGUAAUCUAACGUUAAAAUUUCUCAAUUUCCAACGAUAACUUAUAUGUAAAUAAACUCUUUAAACACUUCAAAGGAGAAAAGAUGUUCUCCAAGAAUUUUCGAAAGUAUAUACAUAUACAUUCAACCUCGAUAGCCAGGAAACGAAAAAGGAAAGGGUGCUGAUUUAGAAGUUUCCAAUCGAAUCAGCGAUCAAAAGAACGAACAAGUGACACUGAAUCAGGAAAAAUCGGGCCCAAAUAAGCAGUGAGGGUUAGUUCCCCAGAGGUGUAACGUCACUGUACAUACUUACGUUAGAAGUGUAUUCGUAUACACGUAAAGAUGCAGCUUUAAUGUAUGUAAAUGUAAAAUGUAAAAUGGGAUAUCAUUAGAAUUUACUUCGACGUACGCUACGUUUCGUCCACAUGUACAUACAUAAGUGGAAGAAAGUCGGGUCCUUGUGUAUCGAUGUAUCAUCCUGAACGAAAGACGUCGAUAAAAAAAAAAAAAAAAAAUAAUGGAAACGCAAAUGGAUAUCACAAACGUGUCAAGUUUGACCAAUUGACAGAACAUAUCGGAGAAUUGCUUUAUAAAUGGGGAUUGAUCGAUUGAAAGAAAGAAUUGAAUUUAUACGACGUCUUUUCGUGCUCAACUUCUACCGAUGACAUGUAAAUCCUUCAAUCAGGGCUCGUAGUCUUCUUCAGAAAACGAUGUAUUCGUGUAAAAUUGCAAGGUAUAGGACGUGGAAGCGUUAUCUUGAAAAUGAUAUAUUAUAUCGUCGUAGAGAAUGUAUAGAAUAAUGUCUCUAGCUCGAGGGUUAAACAUAUCCGUCCUGUAUUUAUUUUUCUUUCUCUCCUUGUCCUGUUUUAUUGGCCCGCGAUUGGAUGUUCUUUGUUACUGUGAAAUUUUAAGUAAAUACGUUAACCCUUGAACUGACCAGGUCAAUUGUGACCCAAACGUAGGACCUUCCUAUAUCGGAAAUUCUAUAAUAUUUAAAGCAACAGUAUAAAAUUUAGAAAAUGAAUUGUAAAUUAAAUUGAUGUUAUAAAUUAUACGUUGAGUUAGCAAAGACUUCGCUUCGUAAUUGAUUAAGAAAAUCUUAGGAACUUCGCGAUACACAGAACACCCAUUCAGCGUUCCAAGAACCAAAGUACCUUGCUUAAGUGCGAGUAUAUUAACUGUAUAUAAAAAUUGUAAACGGGAUCUGUUGCCUGUUCGCAACGCGGAAAAACGUUCGCAUAUAUUCUCUCAAGCCAAGACUGUAUGUACACGAGAAUUGUAUUCAAGAGGCAAGGAAACUCGCACUUACCUAUUCAUUUCCUUCAAUUAUGUAUCCACCAAAAAAACAUUGAGAAUCAUUAAAAGGUAGUAAUUUAUUGAAUAUAAGUCUAAUUUGGAUGAUAAAAAUAAUGUAACAUUAUAAUAGACGUAGAUAUUUCAAAAAAGAAAUAAUCAAAAUAUACAAUGCAUAAUAAAUAGGGGUGUGUAGCUACCCGAAAAUUCCGGUCUUUGAAUCAGUGUUGGAUUGGGAAUUCGGUUCGAACUCGAAAUUCAACUACAUCCGAUUAUGCAGGAUAACAUGUAUGAAAACACUUUCAAACUUAAAAAUUCAAAGUAAGUCUGAAAAAUCAUGCCCCAAACGCGGUGUCUAAACGAACUGAAUUUCUGAUCCGAAGCGAUUUCGAGUCCGAAGUUAAUAUUUGGGUUCCAAAAUUACGGGUACCCGUACAAAUUCAUGAGCAGGAUAAACUUUCGAGGUUUGGCCCGACUCGACCCGGUCAUUACCCGCCCUAAUUCGGUGCUCGCAUUUCAGAGUAGCCGUACACUCAUAAUAACGAAGCGUCUUCAUACAGUGAUCAACAUUUUUUGAAACAGAAUGUUUUCUAUCGCUUUGAAACCAGUCGACUUAUAUCAAUAUUCUUCUUUCUGCACUUGUGAAACAUUUGAACAAGUAAUCUCUUUGUUCCUUUGGUGGAUUCGUAUAUGUACGCUUCGCGUUGAUGUUCAUCAUCAACGAACACGCUUGCCAUUAUUACGUUACGUGCUCGACACGAGUUCGUUUUCCUUCCUGCAGCGGACGAGGGGCCAAAACGCGUGAUAGAAUACUAAAAACUUGAAUCGUGCUCGUACUAAGAGAGUAAUAUUUCGAUAAAAAAAGCGCGAGCGAACAUGUAGACGCUUAAUCGUUGGUUUCGAUUACGUUGAGAUCGUUGAACAAUAACCCCAUGAUCAUGCUGCAAUUAUUGGGUAUAAUCGUGAAAUACGAGGCUCAGGUUUGAAAGUAUUAAAUGCAGAUGCAAGAAAUCGAUUUGCACCAUGUUAACGCGUUCACUUGUACAGUGAAAAUAUUAUCAUUUUAAUUUACACUUUGGUAAUUCAUCAUGCUACACUUUGCUGUUUCAAACUUCCUUUGCUACAAAUUUGUUAAUAGGCUUUUAAGAAUCAAUUAACAAACCUAUGAUUGCUAUUAAUUUACGUAUGACUCAUAAAGAAAGUCAUCCAGCUUGAAGAUUUUAAUUUUUAGAAAACUUUGUGGAAUUGUAGAAAACAUCAAGUAUGCAAGUUAUGAUUUUGUUUUUUCGUCGAAAUUCAAGCUAAAAAAGUGAAUCUCUUGAAGCAUGCCAAAUUAAUUAACAAAUUUAUUUUGUUUGCGCAAGUGCAUAAAUGAAUGUUUAAUGCCUCAAGUGGUAAUCAACGUGAUAAUCAUGCAAAUCUUUUCACGCUUAAUAUUUAAAAUUUCCAGAGAAGCAAAUUUUCUUCAGCAAAGUCUGCGUUUUCGCUCGCGUCCUUAAUUUUUACCCUAAAAUUCUCUUCAAUGAAAUACUGGCCUUUCCUUGUAGAACAGAAAAUUAUACAUAUGAAUCGAGAUAAUGCAACUAAAGAAAAGACGAGUGCAAGAUUCUCGAUCCGUAUCGACCAUUGUAACGCUUCGCUCUAGGUGUAUGUACCUAGGAAAAUAAAAAAGAAAAAUGAAAAGCACGAUAAAAGAUCAAUAUAAUCGAUACGCGAUUACAUCGUGGCUCGAUCUUGUCCGAGACGAGGAUCGAUAUUACGUGACACAGAGGCUUCAGACGAAACAAUACUCGACCAAUAAUCGUAAGAUAGGUAACCGAGAAGCACCCAACUCACUAACGUGCAAACACUUACUUACACGUACAAACACCCCUUUAAUCCUCUAAGAAUUCUACGACUUUCCACUUUUUAUUCGUCGUCGAGACUGGUUGAACAACUAUGUACCGCGUGACUAGGAAUCGAACGCGUGUACACCUAGCAUUUUUCCUUCAUUUUUAUUUUUCUCAAAUUCCUUUAUUCGACCAGGAACGUUCGUUUAUCGGCACAAUUUAUUGCAACAGGUGUGUACAUAAUCAAGUAAACUUCAGCACCAUGUCCGUUUGAUGUGAUGUAAUUAACUAACGACGUAAUGAUGUCAAAGAACGGGAGAAUAUAUAUUAAUAUAAAUACAGAUAUGAAGUAUAAAUACAUCUCGUCUAUAAUUAGUAUUGUAUUCUGCAUAAAUUUACCGAGAAAUAAAAAAUACUCGAUUA